GCGGGGUGGGGCUGGGUUUGCGAAUUGAACGAACGUUCGGGGGCGUCAGCGCCGUUCAGGGCCACUCGGAAGCGGGAGUAGAGGCAACUCCGUGCCCUCCGUCUGGGCAUGGGGAGAUUUCCUUUUAAGAUUUUUAAUUUUUCUCGCUUACUCUGAGACGUGAGAGCCCUCUUAGGUGUAGGAUAGGCGUUGCCCCAUUUUUUCCUGUGUUAAGGAAAAGUGGCGACCUCUGGUUCGGCCCCUGUAAUGACACGGUUGGUUUGUAAAAGGGGCUGCCGUGUGCAGCUCCAAGCCCAGAACGUGGAAACAAAGCGGCGGCAGUCCUCGACCUCGUGUUUCCCACGUGUGAUGUUUCCAAACAGUAUUUGAAAAUCAGUACUCACCUCCUUCGGAUUUGUGUUGUUACUUGGUUGUGUUCAUGUUUGGUCGUCUCACUGGCUAGUGAAUUUGGAGCAGAGAUUAUUUCAUUUAGGUUUAGUCAGACAACUUCAUAUUGUAAAUUUGAAUAUCAAAUAGACUUUGAUAUUGGAGGAAAUGAAGAGAAACCUACAUGAAAAUUCAACUCGAAGUACAGCAGGCUGUUUGCCUGUACCAUUGUUCAAUCAGAAAAAGAGGAACAGACAACCAUUAACUUCGAAUCCACUUCAAAAUGAUUCAGGUAUCAGUACUGCUUCUGACGGUUAUGAUUUCCCACCUUUACCAACAGAUUGGGCCUUGGAAGCUGCAAGUCCAGAGUUGGCUCCUUUAAUGAAAACAAGGAACACAGGGCAAGCACCACAUUCUGUUUCUCACACCCUGAGAAGUCAAGAGUCUGUGUCUAAAUCUAUUCAAUCAGAUUCUGAAGGAAACCAGAGUGGUUGGAGUUACAGAGAUGGCAACAAAAAUAUCAGCUUAAAAGCUUGGAAUAAAAAUGAUACUACGUCUCAGUGUAAAAGAACAAAUCUAGUGGCAAAUGAUGGAAUGGAUUCUUGUGCAGUGAGUUUGGGAGCUCAACAACAGAAACAAUCAAAAAUAUCUGAACAUCCUAACUUACCUCACCACAGAGAAACUCAAGAACUCAGACAAAUGCAUUCAUCAAAAAUAUGUGAUUCAACAAUAAAAGGUUUAGGCAAAAAUAGUGCAUUUCAGGCAUUUAAGCCUAAUUUACAGCAAAAUCAAUUUAAGAAAAAAACGUUGGAUGAUAUUCCAGAAAAAAAUACUACUCUAAAGGAAGCCUCAUUUCAGCUGCAGUUUAAGGAAAAAAAUAAUUCGUUAAGAAUUCUUUCUGUGGUUAUUGAAAGCAUGAAGUAUUGGCGUGAACAUGCACAGAAAGCUGUACUUCUUUUUGAACUGUUAGCUGUUCUAGAUUCAGCUGUUACACCUGGUCCAUAUUAUUCCAAGACUUUUCUUAUGAGAGAUGGGAAAAAUACUCUGCCUUGUAUAUUUUACGAAAUUGAUCGUGAACUUCCAAGACUGAUUAGAGGCCAAGUCCAUAGAUGUGUUGGCAACUAUGACCAGAAGAACAACAUUUUCAAAUGUGUUUCUGUCAGACCGGCAUCUGUUUCUGAACAAAAAACUUUCCAAGCAUUUGUUAAAAUUGUAGAUGCUGAGAUGAGGUAUUGUACUAAAGUAAUGAAUGAAAUUUAGAUAGUGAUAAGGGAAAUUCAUGCUAUGCACUAAAUUGAGGUAUUGAGGUAUUUUCUGUUAAAUUUACCAUCUCCGUGGUUUUAUCUCUACUGCAUUUGUAUAUUUUAUUUGCUGAGUUAAAAUACUUACAUCCUCCCAUGCAAGUACUAAGCAAGCCUGCAUGGCUUCUGAUAUCAGACUUGGGUACAUUCAGGUGUUAUGUUGAUUACUAGAGACUGGAAAGUAGAAGUAUAGAAGGAGAGGGAGGUUGGAUAAUGGAUACCAAAAUACAGCAAUAAAUAAAGAAUACAUUAUUGGUGCUCUACAGUGGUCUACAGCAUGUGGUCUGUAGUUUACAGUGACAUGGCUGGAAUAGAGGAGUUCAAAUGCUGUGACAUGGGACAGUAAUGGGAGAUGGAGCUGUUGAUUGUCUCGAUUUAUAUACAUUGUGUACUCAUAAAUGUAUUAGAAUGUUUCAUUGUACCCUAGAGGCGUGUGCUGUUACUGUGUGUUUGUUAAAAACAAAAUAAAAUAUUUAAAACCUUUUAAAUAUAGAAAUAA